AUGGCAAAUAAUAGGGAGCUAAAAAAAUUAUUGGUAGAUUAUCAAACUAAAUCAUUAAGAAAGGAGGCACAUCACAUAUAUAAAAGUAACGGAACUGUUUGGAAUUAGAUUGAGGGCUUAUUCGAAGAUAUUUAGAUUUCCCCUGCAGAUUCAAGUGUUCUAUAUUUAUUUGGGUAAUAAGGUUAGAGGAGUUCUAGAACAAAUGAUUGUGGUGAAAAUUUCGAAGAAUUCUUUACAGAUGGUUACUAUCAAUUUAUAUUAAAUAAGAGGAGCUGGAAAAUAAUGUUAGCAUUUAAAAAAUAAUAAUGUGAACAUUUUGACUUGGAUUGUAGAGAGCCAUAUAAUAAUUAAUUAUUUUAUUCUAAAGAUGGAGCAAUAACAUGGUUACCAUCAUUUAAGAAUUGUAAAGAAGCUUUAUAGGAUAAAUUCAUAGGAUUCAUUAAUGUUCCAUUUGAAAGGUCCAUAGUAUUAUUUUUUAAUGAGAAUCAAAUUAAAUUGAUCUACUCUGUAGAUUUUACUAAUUAUCAUACUUUAAUGAAUGGUGUAUUAGGUUUCUAUUAAACCUCGAAAUAUUUAUUCAUUUUAGCACCCUCUAAUAAUAAUGGAGGCUAUAGUUUACAUUCUAGUCAUUCUAAACUGGAAGAAUUCCAAAAAAAAUUAAUAGAGUUACCAUUGCAAAUAUAUUUGAAAGAAUAUUUGUAUACAGUUCUGGAUGAUGAAAAUGGUAGAAUAUACAUAUCUGUUUCUCACUAAUAAUAAGAAUAAUCAAAAACUAAUAUUUAUAUUAGUAAUCAAAUAGGAAAAGAUUUUUAAAUGGUUUUGACAAAUAAUGUUAGAUCAUUAUAAAAUGGAAAUAGUGAUUUUGAAAACUGUAGGGAUUAACCUCAACUUAUAUUGCAAAUAUAUAUGAUUCAAGUCAUUAAAAGAAUAAAUCAACAGUCAUUAGUUGUAAUGGAGGAAUUAAAUGGGAAUCCAUAAAAGCUCCAAAAUAUGAUUUUGAAGGAAACAUAUUAGAAUGUGGAGAAGAAUGCUCUUUGCAUUUGAUUGGAAGAACAGAUUCCUACAGUUAAACAAUAUAUACAAUAAAUUCAGCACUUGGUAUAAUUUUAGGAAUUGGAAAGAUUGGAUAAUUUAUGACAUAAGAACAAAAUACAUAUAUGUUCUCACAAGAGGCUAGAGUUGGAUUGAAGUGAGAAAAAGGCCUCAUGUUUUUGAAAUAGCAGAUUGUGAAGGAGUUAUUGUAAUGGCCAAAGAUUAUGAACCAACCAACGAAAUCAUUUACUCUAUUGGUUAUGGUAAAACAUGGAAAACUAAAAUCAUCUAUCAUGAUUUCUUUAUGGCCUAAAAUAUAGUGACUGAAACUACUGGUACAGCUAGGGAUUUUCUAAUUCAUGGUAACACCAAAGGGGAAGGCAUCAUUUUAAAAUUAGAUUUUAGAGAUAUCUUUUCAAAAGAUUGCAAUUUCAAAUUAGAUUGUGAUAUUUCAAAUUCUUAAUAUUUUGAUGGCUCUAGAACGAAAUACUAUAGGAAGAAAUUAAAUUAAGAAUGUUUUAAUCCCAAAGAUAUGAUAAAAAACAAAAUUAUUGAACCUUGUCCUUGUUAAAGGGAAGAUUGGAUAUGUGCUACAGGCUAUUCUAGUUAAUUAGAAGGAGGGGAUUGUCUGCCUAUUGGGAAUAUUUUCAAUUAAUGUUAAUUUGGCACAACAUAUAUUAAAUCAUAAGGAUACAUUAAAUUAACUUAAUGCGAAGGAGGGUAUGUUUAUUAAUAAUUAAAUAAGUCUAGAUUUAGAUUCAAUUGAAACUUAAUGUCCUAAGCCCUUCAGCUUUUAUUAAGUCCUUUUAUUUUUAAUAAUUAUUUUAUUCCUAGUUUUUCUGAUUUUUUUUGGUUAUGUCCUUAUUUGA